UAUAGGCACAUAUUGAGGGUUCCACCUGAUCCAAUGAAGGAUUUCACUCUCAGCUCCUGUUACGAGGUGCCCUUUGCUCUGUAGGAUUCCAGCCAAUCCCUGUCUUGUGGGUGGAGCCCCAGGAGCUCAGUGGAAGUGACAGACAUAGCCCCGCCCCUAGCAGUUCCCAUGGGUGGAUCGGGGACAUAUAAAAAUGGCUGUUGGGUACCAGACGUAUCUAUUAAUUCAGUGCAUAUAAUCUCUUAUCUUGUAUCUCUGAGCAAAGGUCAGUCUUUUUUUUGGAUUGCACGCCAAUACAGCGAAUGCGGAUUCCCAGAGAGAUAGAGCCCCGCCCUUUACCAACAUGGAUCCCUUCUCAUCACUGAAUGACACAAGGAGGUCAGACAAGAAACCAAAGGAUGAAAAGCCAGACUACAACAAUCUUCUGCCCGUGAUAAAGCAGGAACCAGAUUCAUAUUGCGGGGCUGACAUCGCUGAGGACGAAGCGGAAAUUUUACAGAUAAAGAUAGAGAAAGAAGAAUCAGACUCGGAAUAUGACGGGGAAACUCUAGAGAUUGUAUCUAGAAAAGUGAAACUGGAGAAUGACUGGUCAGUCUGUAACGAGUAUCAGAUUAUGGCACAGACUGAUCAAGAAACUUUGCAGGGGAUUAUUAAGGAAGAGGACUAUGAAGGCACCAUGGCUGCAGUGGCUGAUGGGAAGGAUGAGGAACAUUGGCAGUUACAUACUCUAAGAUCCCAAAGCUCAGCUAGUGAUUCCUCUGAGACUUUGGUCAGAGACAGGGAACUCUUGAGCCCAUCACGGAGUGACUCGGAGGCGGAGUCAGGCCCAGUCUGCACCUCCCUGGCAAAUGUAACUAAAAGCCAUAAGAGAAAUCCCACCGAUAAGGAACCUCUUAUUUGCCCUUCAUGUGGAAAGAAUUUCCGUAACCAGCAAAAAUUAAAAAUACAUCUGGCCAUUCACAAUGGGGAGAGACCAUUCACAUGCACGGACUGUGGGAAGGGCUUCGCUGCGAAAAGGUUACUGCGCAUACACCUGCAGGUACACACGGGGGAGCGGCCCUUCUCCUGUAAAGAAUGCGGGAAAACCUUUGCCCGGAGAAGUCACCUUUACACCCACCGCAAAGUUCACACGGGGGAGAAACCAUAUAUAUGUACAGAAUGCGGCAAAAGCUUUGCCAGGAAGAUUCACCUGAACAACCACCAUAAAGUCCACACAGGGGAGAAGCCUUUCACCUGCAUAGAAUGUGGGAAGAGCUUCUCUCAGAAGACGAACCUUUCCAAACACCAUAAGGUUCACACCGGGGAGAAACCAUUCACCUGCCCCGACUGCGGGAAGAGCUUCUCUUCAAAGAGCAACCUGCACGUUCACCAGACGAUUCACAUUAGAAGGUACCUUCCCUUUGUACCAGACAUGGGCCAUGGUUCUGUCUAAAUAUACACCGUGCAGGUACCACAACAACUCAUAUAUAUAUAUAUAUAUAUAUAUAUAUACUGUAUAUACUGUAUAUACUGUAUAUACACAAGGGCAGGAGAGAGGAUUCUCUGCAGCACAGAAGUAUUGUACGACAGGGUUCAGCCAAUGAAUGGCCUCGGAGGUCUUGGAUUAUAACUGCUCUAGAGGUUCUUGAGGCAGACUUUACAUUUACAUCUGAGGCUACACAGUAAUGGCAGGUAUGUGGGGCAAGUAGAAGCCUCUGAUUGUUUAACUACAACUCUCUGAUGAACACAUGCCAGGCCAUCCACUAAUUCCGUAUUUAAGGAUUAAUACGUGAUGUUUAAGCCUGUUCCCGGGACCCGCUUAUCAUGUAUAAGUGGAACUGUCAGGAGAUUAUUAAGCACAACAUUUCUAGAGAGUGUUGCACAAAAACACUUGAUGCCCCUGGUGAGGAUUUUGUCAUGUUGGGUCCUCCUACAGCCUCCUAUACUGCAUUUAAAGGGCACUUAACCUCUUUAUCAUCAUUUUUCAUAUACAUUUUGCAACUUCAGACUUUGUUUGCCAAAUGUACAUCGGGGCACUUUCAUUUUGUGGCUGAGAUGGUGCCACCUCAUCCAAUGUGCUACAUGUACUCUAUCUGCUACUUCUCUAUACUUUCUAUACCUUAUAUAUGUGUCCCUAAUGAGCACUGUUUGGUACAGAGAAGCUAAAUAUCCUAUCACCGUGUUAUACCAUCCCCCCUGUUAUGAUAUAGCCUUAAAGGGGUGGUUCACCUAACUUUUAGUAUGUUAUACAAUGGCCAAUGUUUAGCUACUUUUCAAUGGGUUUUCAUAUUUUGUUAUAGUUUUUGAAUUUUUUUGCUGCUUUUUCUGACACUUUCCAG